CAAACAAUUGAAUUGUGCCCUUGCUUAUAAAAAUAAUAUUUUUAAUAAAAGAAUAUCAGUGCUGUGUAUUUUCUUUGUUCUUUUAUCUUUGUGCGUGCGAGUAACACAGAUGUUACUCGUUUGAUAAAAUUGGUCUGUGUGUACCGCGGCGUAUAUAAAGUGUUCCGUACUACGGGUAUUCGAGCGCCUACGAGCUGGCGAACUGAACACAAAGCUGCUAGAACGCUUGGUAUCAUCAUGGGUGUAUUCAUGAUAUGCUGGUUACCUUUCUUUUUAUGGUAUGUGAUAACAGCUUUGUGCACAACUUGUCAUUGCCCAGAGGCGGUCAUCUCAUUGCUGUUUUGGAUUGGAUACUUCAAUUCGGCGCUGAACCCUCUCAUCUAUGCCUACUUCAACCGCGACUUCAGGGAGGCCUUCAAGAAUACCCUCCUCUGUGUCUUCCCAUUCUGCUUCAGCUGCUGUCCUAAAGAGGGCUCUCCCGUGCAGUAUGUCUGAACACACAAACCCCUGUGAUCCCUUGCACCAACCUAGAGGUAAAAUAAAAAAUUUUAAAAAAAAUGAAAAACAAAGUUAUACAAUGCCAGAGGUUGAGCAGCAGUUAUUGGUUGGCAUCUAUGCGUAACCACUCUGCUUUGUGCAAAUAACUUCAAGCACAUCAACCACUAAUAUGUUCGAUUCUGUUGUGGGAUCUGUGGCCCGCUUGGUGUAGUCCUUCUCAUCCUGUCUGUGAUUCUCAAUGUUUUAAGUAAAGAUAAUAGUUGAGUAUCAUGUAAGUUUAGUGUCAGUUGUAUUUAAAAAUUAAGUAGCUAGUUUGUGGAUUGUGAAACAUGUUUCCUUUUUGUGUAUCUGGAUAAUAUAGAAUGGUUAUGGUAAAACAAUAGUGAAUAUCUGUUUGAAUAUGAUCAGCAGAAACAAUUAAAUUAUUUUUAAAAUGCUAUCUUUAUUUCUUUCUUAAUUUAUGAGAAAUUUAAACAGCAGCUACAAGAAAACUUAACUACAAAGUAUUGUGACUUUCAAUGAAAUUAACUCCAAAUAAGCCCUAACCACACAUUGGCAUAUUCUCACUGUUUACAAAGCUAUGGAAGUACAUACUGACUGAUUCAUGACCAUUAAAACAAUUUAUCUAGGGUAUUGUUAAGAACUAGAAUUGUAUGUGAUAUAUUUGAAUAAUAAAAUACAAUAUGAUUCCGUAUUUUUUUCAUAGUCAGAACCUAGAAAUCACUGAUUAAAUGGUAUAAAAAAAAAUUUAAUAUAUAUUUUUUCUUUUUUUAUCUAUAAAAGUGUAUUUAUAGACAUAAUAAAUAUAGUUAAUUAGACUUGAGAUACAAAAUUACUUUUUUAUUUAUCCCUUUAUGUAUUACAAAUUAUCUUCAAAAUAUUGGAAAAUGUAGAUUAGUUUGUUACCCUGUUGAUCCAUUUUUAAUACUCUCUUAAACCCUUUAAAUUCACAUAGUCAAGACUUACUAUAGAAAAAACAUUGUUUUCUUUUCGAUAUUAUCAUCAGAAAUUAUUUAAAUCAAACCUAGAAAAAGUUAUUUAUGAUUAGCUUAUUGCCUAAGCUUUACAGUCUAUGGCUAAAAUAAAAACCAACUAUAUUUUUUAAUUUUUAGUAAAAGAAAAGAAAACUUCUGAAGUUAUCAAUAAAAUAUGUGUUUUGAAUUGGCAUAAAUCAGUUAUUUACUACUGAAGAUAUUAAACUCUUAUAUUAAGUUCUAAAAUCACUCACAAAAGUUGAAUUUUCUAAGAAAGUAUAAUUCACAAAUGAUGAGUGAUAUUCAUAAUUGACUUCACACAUUUAUGUUUCAUGUUUUUCUAUCAUCUUAUAAAGUUUCAAUAAUUAACUUUUAUAUUAAAAUUAAGCUUAAAUUAAAAUGAAAUCCUGAAUCAUGCUUCAAUAUUUUUUUUAGUUGACUACCGUAACGAUAUGUAUGUAUUAUAUCUUGACAAAUAUUAAUAAAGGUUUGAAAAUAAAGAAAAAUUAACUUGUAUGGUAUUAAUGGUAAUAAUAAAAUGAAUUAUUUUAAAGUAAUUUUUUAGAAAAUUGUUGUUAUUAUGUUUAAGAAUUUAUAAAAUACGUUUUCUUUAUUUCAAUGUUUAAUUACAUUACAAUCAUUCUAAAAAUCAUAUUCUUGCAUAAUAAAAAUAUAUAUAUUAGUUUUAAAACUAGUGAAAUUGAAUAAGAAAACUAAUGUAGACAAUACAUAAAUAAUUUAUAGCUAUAACCCUAAAAUUGAUAAAAGAAAAAAUCAAUAGUGCUGAUUAUUUAAGGCUGUCGAGCCCCAAGCCUUAAAUAAACAGACUAAAAGAUUUUUUAUUUAUCUUAUAUGAAAUUGUGUCAAUUCUUUUCAUCAUAAACUUAUACACUAGUCAAUUGUUUGACAUAUAAUAAAAAUCAAUUAAGUUAUAUGUGUCAAAUUACUCAUUAAAUCUAAAUUAGUUCAGUUGAUGUUGGCUUGUUUGUUUUAAAAACUUGUCCAAUGCAUUCCUAAUUUUCUUCACAUAUUAGCUGCAAAUAAUAGUAUUGUAAGGAAAAUGAAUUUAGCAAUAUCUAUAAUACAAGAAAUUUAUUAGGUUAGUUACUUUUUGAAUGUGAAAUGGGGUGUUAAAUACCAAUGUUAGUAAACAGGAUUUUUUAUUUAAAGAAGUACUAUGAGGAUUUCAUUGGAAAAAUUAAUUGAUUUGUCGAUUUAAAAUGAGAUCUAUUACAUAGUUCAGUUAAUCAUUAAUCUUAUCAUUGGCUCUUCAGUUGGUAAUAAACAAACAACUGAUAGUUCAUAGUUGGAGAAAAUUAACCUUAUUUAUUUUUCAUUUCUCUAAAUGAUCAUUGUGAGGAUCUCAUGAACUACAAUGCAACUAAACCAUUCUAUUUUUAUUUUAUAAAACGCAACCGUUCAUGAAAUAUAAGUAGCACCUACUGAUUUUAAUAAUUUUUUUUAACAUCAUCUUGUAUUUUCUUGUAGUUUCCUAAAUAUUGCAACUUGCUGAAGAUUUUCUAAAAUAAAAAUGUCAGAAAUGAGCCUUUCAGAUGAUCUCUUGUGCAACGAUUAGGAUAUAUCAUUUACAUUAUUAUUAUUUCUUAUUUAUCCUAAAUAGCAAAAUCAUAUUCCAAAUAGAAGAUUGAUUUUACUGUAAAUGCUAAACUCAUUUUAAGAGCUUCUUAGUUUAGAAUUUAGUUCCUUUUAAUUGAAACAAAAUGAAUAAAUGUGUAGUGGUCUCAAAGGCCAGAUUGAUAUAAGUAUAUUUGAAUUUAGGUGAAGGACUUAGUAACUGAAAAAAAUUAAGUGCAACAAAUUUCAUCACAUUUCAGAUAUCAAAACAUCUCCAGGUAUGUUUAACAAAUGAUUCUUGAUAAGCAAAUUAAACAAUAUCAAGUUGCGCAGAUAGUAUGAUGUUAUUCGCUUAAUCAAAUACUAUAUGUAGCUCAAACUUACUUUAAGGGUCAUUUAGAGAGCAUACCUGAAUAUGGAUUAUUAACCAAAAUUUUGUGUUUAUUUUAUUUAAAUCGAAAUGAAUUUAUGUAGAACCUUAGCAUAAUACUUCCGAUUUUAACAUUAACCAACAAACCACUGCAGAUAAUAACUACUGUUAAUUGCUAACUUGUGGAAAACAGAUAAAUAAUGUAGUUCAAAUCUGUUUAAUUUAAUGUUAUUUUAUACCGAAUGAAGGUAAGAUUUGCCCAUGAACAAUAUUGUUAUUAUUGAAAUAUUACUAA